CCCAAGCUGCAGCACAGCCAGUCCAUCCUCAGGAAGCAGGCCGAGGAGAAGGCAGUCAAAUGCUCCCGAUCCCUGUCUGAGAGCUAUGAGCUGUCAGCCGACCUUCAGGACAAAAAGGUGGAGAUGCUGGAGCGUAAGUACGGAGGCCGUUUCAUAGCGCGUCAUGCGGCCCGCACCAUCCAGACAGCCUUCCGCCAGUAUCAGAUGAACAAGAACUUUAAACGUCUCCGCAGUUCCAUGUCCGAGAACCGCAUGUCCCGACGUAUCGUCCUGUCCAGCAUGAGGAUGCAGUUCUCCUUGGAAGGCCCUGAGAAGGUUCACCAGUCCUCCUCCCUCACCGACAACGGAACCAAACACCUGGGGGCCCUGGUCCAAUCAGAAUGCAGCACUGACCUGGGGGGUGUGGUCCCAGGUACUAUGAAGUCACCUGUGGUGGCCCAGAACUCUGACUUCACCGACGCUAUAACGGAGCUGGAGGACGCGUUCUCCCGUCAGGUCAAGUCUCUGGCCGAGUCGAUAGACGAUGCUCUGAAUAGUAGGAGUCUGCACAGGGAGGAGGGGGGGGCAGGAGAGACGAGGCAAGGGGGGAGAGGACACCCCGACCUGGACAAAGACCGAGACAGAGAGCUGUUCACCUACCAGGUCAAACCCUCCUCACACAGCAGCGCGGAACACCACAAACUGGAUGAGAUGACAGCAUCAUACAGCGAUGUGACUCUCUACAUCGAUGAGGAAGAGCUGUCCCCUCCUCUUCCUCUGUCUCAGUCCCUGGACCAUCCCUACUCUCCUCUCCCCCUGUCUCAGUCCCUAGAGCGCCCCUACACCCCCCUACCAUUGGUAGACCGGCCCUCCUCCAAAGAGUCGGAGCUGCGUUUGCGUUCUCUCUCCUGGUCUCUGGUCCAUAAGGAUGAUAAAGGUCAGGGGUCAGACACCUCCUGCUGCAGCACACCCUCCCUGAAGCAGCAGGAGCAGAGGCUUAGGGUCGACCACCUCCCGCUGCUGACUAUCGAGCCGCCCAGCGACAGCUCCGUGGAGCUCAGUGACCGUUCCGACCGCUCCUUUCUGAAGAGGCAGAACGCCUACGAUCGCCAGCCCAUUAGUCAGCCAGCCAGCCCCAAACAUCCCCCUCUUCACCCCUCCUCCUUGUCUCACCCCCGUGGCCUGCCCCCCAAGGGAACCUCCAGGAAUGAGGAUGGUCCCCGCCACCGGCCACGAACACUAGAGGCCCACCUGGCGAUCAACGGGAUGGCUAACCGGCAGAGCAAGUCAGAGUCUGACUUCUCAGAUGGGGACAAUGACAGUAUAAACUCUACAUCUAACAGUAAUGACACUAUUAACUGCAGCUCUGAGUCCUCCAGUAGAGAACAGACCCUCAGAAAACAGACCUAUCACAAAGACACACGCAACAGCUGGGACUCACCGGCCUUCAGUAAUGACAUCAUUAGGAAGAGACACUAUCGCAUCGGACUAAACCUGUUUAACAAGAAGCCAGAGAAGGGUUGUCAGUACCUGACUGAUCGAGGGUUUGUCCCAGACACUCCAGUGGGAGUGGCUCACUUCCUGCUCCAGAGGAAGGGCCUGAGCAGACAGAUGAUUGGAGAGUUCUUGGGGAACAGGCAGAAACAAUUCAAUAGAGACGUCCUGGAUUGUGUGGUGGAUGAGAUGGAUUUCUCGGCCUUGGAACUAGACGAGGCUCUCAGGAAGUUCCAAGCUCACAUCAGAGUCCAGGGAGAGGCCCAAAAGGUGGAAAGACUCAUAGAAGCAUACAGCCAGAGGUACUGUAUCUGUAACCCCGGGGUGGUACGACAGUUCCGUAACCCCGACACCAUCUUCAUCCUGGCGUUCGCCAUCAUCCUCCUCAACACUGACAUGUACUCUCCCAACGUCAAGCCGGAGAGGAAGAUGAAGCUGGAGGACUUCGUCAAGAACCUCAGAGGUGUGGAUGAUGGAGGGGACAUCCCACGGGAGAUGCUGACAGGAAUAUAUGAGAGGAUCAGGAAGAGAGAGCUGAAGACCAACGAAGAUCACGUCUCUCAGGUCCAGAAGGUCGAGAAACUCAUUGUUGGGAAGAAACCGAUUGGUUCUCUGCACCAUGGUCUAGGCUGUGUUCUGUCCCUGCCACACCGCAGGCUGGUGUGUUACUGCAGGUUGUUCGAGGUUCCAGAUCCCAACAAGCCUCAGAAACUGGGUCUGCACCAGAGAGAGAUCUUCCUCUUCAAUGACCUGGUGGUGGUGACAAAGAUCUUCCAGAAGAAGAAAAACUGUGUGACGUACAGCUUCAGACAGUCCUUCUCCCUUUAUGGGAUGCAGGUGCUGCUGUUUGAGAACCAGUACUAUCCCAACGGCGUGCGGUUAACAUCGGCGGUUCCCCGAGCGGAUAUCAAGCUUUUAAUCAACUUCAACGCUCCCAACCCUCAGGACAGGAAGAAGUUCACUGACGACCUGAGAGAAUCCAUUGCUGAGGUCCAGGAGAUGGAGAAAUACCGCAUAGAGUCGGAGCUGGAGAAGCAGAAGGGCGUGGUCCGUCCCAGCCUAUCACAGAGCUCGGGGCUGAAGAAGGACUCUGGGAACGGCCAAUUGGGUCGCGGCAGCCUUGAUGACAACUACGCCAUGGGGGAGGGGCUAAAGAGGAGUGCCCUCAGCAGCUCGCUACGAGACCUCUCAGAUGCAGGGCUCCAUCAUUAGCAACCCCAGUCCCCACAUGAGACGCAGAGCCACGUCUUCCCGAGACAGAGACGGUCCUUCCAGAGGACACUCCGUCCCCAACACCUCCUCUUCCCUCCUGGGCUCUUUGUUCGGGACCAAGAGGGCCAAGU